AAGAUGCUGCCUCGUACGGCCCUCACCAUCAUGUCCUGGAUGCUGCUUUCCUGCUUGAUGCUCCUUUCUCAGGUGCAAGGUGAAGAUGCCAAGCAAGAUGUGCCGUCUUCACGCAUCAGCUGCCCCAAGGGCUCCCGUGCCUAUGGCUCCUAUUGCUAUGCCUUGUUUAGUAUAUCUAAAAACUGGUUUGAUGCAGAUCUGGCCUGCCAGAAGAGGCCCUCGGGACACCUUGUGUCUGUGCUCAGUGGGGCUGAAGCUUCCUUUGUGUCCUCCAUGAUUAAAAGCAGUGGCAACAGUGCCCAAAAUGUGUGGAUUGGCCUCCACGACCCAACACUGGGCCAAGAACCCAACAGAGGCGGAUGGGAAUGGAGCAAUGCUGACGUGAUGAAUUACGUCAACUGGGAGACUAAUCCUUCCUCUACCUCGGGCAAUCACUGUGGUACCCUGUCACGAACCUCAGGAUUUCUGAGGUGGAGAGAGAUUUAUUGUAACUCAGAGCUACCCUAUGUCUGCAAAUUCAAGGCCUAGAGAACAGAGUUGACACCAUGAUUUGAUAUGUACCUCACCAUGAUCAAGAACCCAAAUGUGAAGAUUGAGGAAAAAGGGAACGUUCUCCCAACAUUCCAAAACUGACCUCCUGAUUUUCUCCUCCUCUGCCCCUUCCUUCCUUCCUUUUAUUUGAGGCUCUUCUGUUUGUACUAUAGGCUGAGUUCUCAAAGCAUGAUAAUAAAAUACAUAACUAAGCUCA